AAGAUAACACAAUUCCAACGGCCCAACAGUGAAGAGGUGGUGUACGGUACGGUACUGUGGUGCAGUGUGUGACUCGAGCCCCCCGAUCGAUCGAUCGAUGCGUUUUGUUUGCGGAAAACGGCGGUGCUCUUAAUCAACAGUAACAGAAAGACAAGACGUUGUCCAGGGAAACGCAGGAAGUGUCUAACCGAUCAUGCCCGAUCACGAUAUCGAAAUGAUAACGAGCGAGCAGUUGCACGCGGCGCUGCGCAAAUCGCAGAAACACUUCAUCAUACUGGACUGCCGCAGCUCGCACGAGUACACCGAGAGCCACAUCCGGACGGCGGUCAACUUCUCGAUCCCGUCCAUCAUGCUGCGCCGGUUCGCGGCAGGCAAGAUCGACAUCACGUCCACGAUCAAGUGCCGCGAUCUGAAGGAGCGCAUCCUGUCCUGCUACAAGGAGAGCACCUUCGUGCUGUACAACAACAGCAACGAACCGCCGGUCGACGGUAGCGGGGUGCGGCCCGAAGAGCUGCUGCUGGGCGGCGGCCCGUCCGUCGUGGCCACCAACGAUACCACCAUUAACGUGCUGCACCGGAAGCUCAAGCAAGAUGGCUGCCGCGUCGUUUGCCUCGAAGGAGGCUAUGCAAACUUUCGUCAGUCAUUUCCGGAAUGGUGCGAGGAUGAAGUCAUCAAUGCCAACCUGCAGACGGGAUGUGCGGCCACGGAGCAACUGAUGGGACUGAGAUCCCUACGCAUUUCGAUCCCGUUCUCGGACUCGGCCUGCAGCAGCAGCACCGAGUCGUCGGAUUGCGAAAGCACAACCAACUACCUGUCGGAGGCGGCGGUCAGCGUGGAACCGGUCGAGAUACUGCCCGGCCUGUUCCUCGGCAACGCCUCGCACAGCGAGGACCUAAAGUCACUGAGAAAGUACAACAUUAAAUACAUUCUGAACGUUACGCCCGAUCUGCCGAAUGUGUUCGAACGCGACGGCCAAAUACGCUAUCUCCAGAUACCGAUCACCGAUCACUGGUCGCAGGCCGGCGAACUAGCCAAUCACUUUCCGGACGCCAUCAAGUUCAUUGAUGAAGCCCGCUCGAACGGGUGCGGAGUGCUGGUGCACUGUUUGGCCGGCGUGUCACGCUCGGUGACCGUGACGCUCGCCUACCUAAUGUUCGCCCGGACACUCUCGCUGAACGACGCGUUCCUGCUCGUCCGCUCGCGCAAACCGGACGUGUCGCCCAACUUCCACUUCAUGCAGCAGCUGCACAGCUUCGAGCAGCAGCUCAACAUUGACCCGACGCAGUCGGCCACCGCCAAGCAGCAGCUCUACUCGGCCUCUUCCCUCUCGUCGUGCUCUUCCUCUUCCGGUAGCGCUGCAGGUGGUGGCCACGGUGGCGGUGGCGGUGGUUCCUCCACCACACCAUCAUCGCUGGACGGUGGCGGUGGCAGUGGUGGCGGUGUGGUGUCCACCACUCCGUUCAGUGCCAGCUCGGUCGGUUCGUCCGGUUCGGCCGGAUCGAUCGGGAUGGACUCGAGGCACCUGCAGCAGCACCAUCCACAUUCCCACAAUCCAAAACAGCAGCAGCAGCAACAGCAUUCCCACCAUCACCACCACCAUCAUCAGCAGCAGCAGCUACACUCGCGGCACAUGGUCAAGUACAACUGCACCUGCGUCGAGGUGGAGUGCAAGUGUACGCAGGCGGCCAUCGAUCUGCUCGGCCCGUUCACGACCGGCAUCUCGCCCGACUCCGGCAUCGAGUUUGACCGGUGGACACCGAGCAGUAACACGCCGAAAUGAGAUUCGGCCGCCGAGGGUGGGCGGUUCAGGCUGCCGGACCACUUCCUCCUUCCAUCAUCAUCACCGGCCGAUCAUCACCACCGGAAAGUCGGUGACACCGGCAGCACCGACGGCGGCGGCGGCGGUAACGAUCGGCACGAUCUUCCACGGCCCCCUCUUCUCACGACGACGAUUGCGGACACGACGGCCACCACCCAGUACGACACUGAUGCAACGGAUUAGAGCAAGAAAGAAUCCUAUUCAUUGUUAAUCGUGCGUGCGUGUGUGUCCUGUCCGAUCACCACACACCACCACUUCCGAGAAUGUAGUUCUCUUCCUGGCGAGUGCGCCGAUUUUGCCAGGCUAAAAAUUGGUGCCAAAAUUGUCCUAAUGACGCGCACACACACGUUUGACACACAUUCGAUCGAAUCCAAGCAAGGGAUCCAAGCAGCCAUGCCUCAUGCGCGCGAUGGUUGUUGGUACGUUUCAAUCGGUUUUUUCCAGUAGGCGACGUGCGUGUGAGUCGAU